UUUUAGCAAUUAUUGACACGCUGAGAUUUUAACGAAUUGAAUUUGACUUAGAAUUUGACUUAGAAUUUGAAAUCAGGAAUCUCAAUCUAGGACUUUGAGAAGCAAGGACUAAUGGAAUCGGAAUCCAGACGCAAGGGCCCUAGAAGCCCCAGCGCUGAUUCGGACGAUUCCUCGCAUGCCAGAAGAAGAAGGAAGUAUGAUCGAUCACCAUCUCCAAGACGAAGCAGAUAUCGCAGAUCGCGGUCUAGAGAUAGAAGAUCUCGUUCAAGUUCUAGAGAUAGAAGAAGGAAGGACUCCAGUAGAUCGCAAGACAAUUGGAAACAACAACCUCCAUCUCAGUCCCAGAGUUCUGUACCAAAUCCAAGCAAUUCUACCGGUUAUGUUUCAGCUGUACAUAAUCAAUACCAGGCACCUCCACCAAACACGAGUCAACCACCACCACCUAUAUCUGCUUACAAUCAGGGAUAUAACAACUAUGGUUACAACUAUGGUACGGGUUACGACUACAGUUAUCAGCAGCCUGCUGGCUAUCGAAGUGAUUAUCCACCACCCAACUGGCAAGGAAGUCAAGUGUCAUAUAACAGUCAGCAAGCACCACCGCCUCCAUCAUUGACACCUCAACAAGAAUCAUCGAGGCCAAUUGACAGUAGCUCAUCUGGUUUAGUGACAUCUUUAACAAGACCUGAGGAUGUUAAAAAAGAAGCAGCAAUCGCAGCUGAAGUAAAGCAACAGAAAGCAACAUUGGCUAAGCAGCGAGAGGAAUAUGUUUUAAAAUCUGCUACGCUGCAACGUGAACUGGAAAUUUUGCGUCAACAGUGCGACGAGAUAGGCAAGGAGGGUGGACGUGAAAAUAACCGAAUUAUAAAAGAAAAUCAGAAAUUGCAGGUCGAAAUACAAAAUAAAAUGAAAUCUAUUCAUAAUGUCAUUGAUAUGCUCACUGGCAUUAUUGGUGACGAAGUUACGGUGGAUGACCUGAAGAGCAAGUUUAAGUUAGAAUUAAGUAAGCGUUCGAGAAGUCCGAAAGAAGAUUUUCCGAAAGGAAAGUCUCCUUCUCCUGAUAGAUCAUCGGCUUCCGAUACAGAUAAGGAAUCUAAAGCGGAAAGAGAUAUUAAAGAGAGAAGAUCAUCGGAGGAUAAACCAAUGUAUAAUUUCGUUCACUACGAUCCCGAAAUGCAUUGGUGUAAAGUCUGCGAUAUCUUUCCUAAGACAGCAAAGGAAUAUUUAAAUCAUCUACAUAGCAAUGAGCACAAAGAGGCUUGUUUAGAACACAAGAUUGUUGAUAUGCCAUGGCAUGAUCGAAAUGCUGAAGGAAUAGAGAAAGAAGUACCCUUUUAUCCUGGACUUCCGACGAAAAGAACACCUAUCAAAGGGCUACAAUUCUUCAGCGCCUCGACAGCUUGGUAUUGCAAACUCUGCGAAUCCUGGAUAGGAGAUCUUCAUUGUGCCAGUGUACACCUGAAGUCUAAACGUCACUCUGAAAAUUUUUCUCGUUUUGUGGAGCAAAAUCCACAUUGGGAAACGGAUUGGAUGGCUGAUCGAGAAAAGGCGUUUUCUGAAGAAAAGCAUAAGCAAAUACAAUUAGAGUUGCAAAAGCAAAAAGACGAUGAUCCACCGACAAAGUCAAAGAAGUCUAAGAAGAACAAGAAAAAGUCGAAGAAAGCCAAGAAACGCAGAAACAGAAGCAGUGCUAGUGAUACAUCCAGUGAGUCGGAAAACUCUGAUACCGAAUCUGAUCAGGAUACUACCAAGAGUAUACGCGUAACGAUGCGAAAUAAGAUGAAGGCUUCGACACAGGCGAUCCUUAAUGAAGAAAUAGAUUAUCAGCGUAUAAAGUUGAAGGGACACAAUUGGUCGAAGGCGCCACAAGUGAAUCAAUCACCGCUGCCCGAGCAACAUCCGUCAGAAGCUGAUGACAGGCAGCUUUUAAAUUCGAUCAGAGAUAAACUAAAAGCCAAACAGGAAGAGGAAAUGAAGAGUCGCAAAGUAAAUCAAGAAAAGACGAUGGAGGAAGAGGAGGAAGACUUACAACAGGAAAGUUAUUCGAAGAAAUCGGAGGAUUUGGAGGCUUGGGGACCAAAGGAACCGCCUAAACCAUUCUGGAUAAAGAAGGAAGAAGAGAAGCAAUCACAGCAGUCAAUCACGAAUAAACCAAUCGAGUUACCGAAACCGGAGGAGAUGCCGAAACCGCAUAUGGGAUUUUGGACGAAACAACAGGUAAAUAUGACAGUAAAGCCGCCUGAAAAUAAAUCAAUGGAUAAAGAGGAUGAAAGGGAUCGCGAUAGAGAUCGCUACAAGGACGAUCGCGAUCGCAAGUACAGUAGCAGAUACGAGAGAAGAAGUCGGCGAGACAGGGAUCGUGACAGGGAUAGAGAAAGAGAUAGAGAUCGAGAGCGUGAUUAUUAUGACGAUCGUCGAAAAAGAGAUAGGGACAGAGAUAGCAACGAUUCUCCGAGACGUGACAGAAGUUGGCGCGACAGUAGUCCAAAGAGGAACUAUGAUAAGUAUAGCAAAGACAGACGGGGGGGAGAUGACAAUUCGUCGAAUGACGAAUCCAAGUUUGAAAAGAAAUCGAGCGAGUCCAAAUCGAAGAAAGGCAGUGUUUUGAGCAAGAAAUCCGCACCACAGGUAGCGGCCAAGGGCAAAUUACCCUUCAUCGGCAGGUUACCUUUGUUCAAGAAGAAGGCUGAAGAGCCCAAGUUGCCGGAGAAAGAUAUUACUCCGUUACCCUAUCAACAGAGCAAAUUCGAGGAUACGCCAAAAGUACCCAACGAGAUCAUCAAUCCGCCGGGUGUCGUGCAUAUCACCAAGCUAGCUACUCCUUUGAAUUUGAAUAAUAAUGGCAGCGCAACGAUGCCAUUAACAAACAAGACCAUUAAUCAGCCUAUGAAAAUUUUAGUAGCACCUCCGCCGCCCGUGUUAAACGAGAGCAAACCCACGCCACAAGUGGUCGAUAUGGAAAUAGAUGAUCAAUCCGAGGAAACUGUUAUAGAGGAACAGCCGAUAGUGGAGCAACAGAAGCAGCAACAGCAAACGUCAAGCGUAUCGAAACUGCCGCUACCGCCGCAUCCACCACCGCCAUUGAAUAGACCACCGCCCAGCUUUACUCCAAAUCAGCAACAACAAUCAGUCGUGCACAAUAGACCUCCGCCGACGCCAGUACAAAGUACACCUCCACAAUUUACACCAAAUCGACCGCCUCCACCAUUUAUGUCGAAUCCACCGCCGUUUGUUCAGACGCCACCGAGAUUUCCUCCUCGUCAGGCUGUACCACCGCCUGCUGCUUUUAUGACUACUCAGCCGCCACCGAUACCGAGCGCCGCGGGUUUCGUGCAAACCCAUCCACAAAAUCCACCUCCACCGCCGCCACCAUUACCGUCGACAAUAGAUUCGAGCGUGACAGCUACACCGUCACAUUCCGAUGUAUCCGACAUACCGGAACCAUCUGAGAAACGUCCGGCUGACCCAAGCAUUCCGUUGCCAGAUGAUUUGCAAGAGGCUCUAAACAUAAUCUUCCCUAAAGAAGAGACAGCAGAGACCAAACAGCAGCAACAGCAGCAGCAGAAUCAGCAAGAGUCUAGUCUCAUGUAUUCAUCGAUGUACAGUAUGUUGGGUUGCGUUGGAUACGGACCUGAGUAUAUGGAUCAGCCGCCACCCGAAAUUAUGCAGGAGGCGGAAACUGAAGCAGAUACUCAACCCGGACCUGAUGAUCUUCGUAUGUUAGGCAUCGAUGAAGGAGAUACGAUCUUAUAAAUCAUGCUCGUAAAGCUUUCCUUACCGGUGAUAGAGAACAUUCACGAGACUUGUAUUAAUGAAGAGAUUCUUUUACUAAUAAUUUACACACAUGAGGAUUUCCUACUCCACAUUAGAAAGAGUAGAUUCGUUAUCGUUGAUCUGUCAUUUCUCACUUGUCUCGAUCAUGUUGUACGAUAAAUACUUCAUCAAUAACUAUCAAUUACAUAACUAUCUUAAAAACAAAUAUGUGAUAAAAAAUAAACAAAAAAAGCAAAAUGGUUACAACAAAAGAUCCUAAAAUACUAUAAGUACAAGUGAUGCGUAUGGUCUGUAAAGAUUACUUAACGAUAUGCAGUAAAACUUAACGAAUAUUGUCCAUUAGAUAGUGGUAUUUGUUAUUUUAUUAGCAUUUCGUGAUUUUUCUCGUAAUAUAUGAAUUUUCUUUUUAGUAUUAUAACAUUAUUCGCAAGUUAAUAUCGGCGAACAUUAGGAAUAAUUAAUAUGUAAUUGCUAUCUUAAGUUUCAAUCAUAUAUUAACAAAUUGUAUUUCAAAAAACACUCGUUGAAAAUCUGCAAGUAAUCUGGACAAUCUAGCGUUAUCGGAUGUUAUAAAUUCGUUAUGUACAUCAAAGGACGAGAAAUGUAAUAUUAAUAAAAAGAAAACACACACUGUCAUCCAUCGUGUAUCAGUAUAUAUUAAAUAUUAUACUUUGAUAUUUGCAAAUUGGUAACUUUCAAAUUUGCGCCGUAUAUACAUAUAAUAUAAUUCCAAACGUAAAACAAACAUUGUUGACAUGUCAUUUGGGAUUUUUAUAUAUGAAACUCAUAGGGACAUAAACAAAUUAACCGCACUAUACUGCAGAUGUGAAGUUAUCUUACAAAUUAAAUAUAUGAAGAUAAUAUAAACAUUUUGAAUAAUUACAACCCAAUAGUAUAAAAAAUUGUUACAAUUAACAAAACAAUUUCAUCAUGUUUAUAUCAUUAAAUCUGAAGAUAUUUUAUUGUAGGAAUUUUUAUGCAUUAGUGCGGAUUAGUUUCGCUAAUAGAGACUCUUUAAUAUUGGAAUGUAAAGUUACUAAUGG